AUGCGCCACAUUGCGUGGCAAGUCAUCUCAGUGGUGGGCCUGAUGAACCUCGUGACUGCUGCCUUGGUUGAAAAUGCUAUGGAAGAAGAUCGAAGCAUCGCUGCAGUCAUUGCUCCUUCCGAACCAGAAAGUCUUUGUAUGAGAGACACGAGGAGAUCCGUCCGCGCAGCUCCAUCGCUGUUGAUGAUGAGCCAGCGCUUGCAGAGGACAGCUCCGCCAAACUCCUCUGACCACCCGCUUGGCAUUCGCCUGUUAGCAAAUGCAUCAGACGACAAGCCGUCAUCCCAGACAGGCAACGAUGAUCUCGCACAAACACUGCAAGAUGCACUGCAGUGGGAGAUGCAGCAAAUUGAGAAAUCACUGGGCAAAGAUGGUGUCACGCAACUUGGGGCUCAACCCGGCCGGGUUAUGGGAGUGGCACUGAAUGGUAAGGAUGACAUCCGCAUGCUGCAGAGUGCGUUGAUGAUUGGCGUGGCUGGUGUCUUGACGCUGGCAAAGGUCUUUUCUUUGUUGCGUCGACUUCGCCCUGUAGUUUACAUCAAGGAGGCUGACUUGGAGAUUGAAGCUGUGACGGACACGGAUGCAUCCCCUAGCACAGCGCCAAGGCGCUAUGCCAAUCCGCAUGUCGGCCUGUUCGAUUGGGCGUCGAAGGUUUGGCAGACAACACCAGAAGACGAGGUGAAGCAGGCUGGCUUGGAUGGCUGGGCAUUUCUGGAAUUUCGGCGGCUGAACUGGCGGAUCUUUUCUGUGAUAGGCCCGGUGCUGUGUGCAGUACUUUUGCCUUUGCACUACGAGGCGCACCAGGAUUCAGAAUACGAGCUGGAUUUGCUCAGCAAGUUCGACAUUGGCAGAGACCCGCUUCCGGACUGGAUGUUGUGGGUCCACGCCGUGAUGGUUUGGUUUGUAGUCUGCGUAAGUACGUGGACUAUAACUCGCACUCAGGAACAUUUCACCGAGCGCCGCUAUCAGUGGCUGAAGGAAAUCCCAUUCCCACGGGCGAAGACUGUCCUCAUCAGGAACAUUCCCUCUCGGUAUCGGUCGGAUGCAGCUCUGAAGCAGUAUUUCGUUAACCUCUUCAGCGAAGACGUGAUUGAGCGAGCUUAUGUCGUUCGUCACACAGGACGCUUGACAUACCAGGUGGCGGCACUGAAGCAAGCUCGCCUUGACUUGCUCCAUGCGAAACAGCACUGGGAGGAAGCUGGGCGGCCGGAUCGGGCUUCUUCCGAGAGUCUUCGGUUGGAGCACUGCGAGAAGCGUGAGCAGACACUGACGCAGGAGGUCGCGCAGGCGCAAGCAAGGCUGGACGAGGGAGUUGCACGAGGAGAUCCUGUGGUAUGUUCUUCCACUGGCUUUGUAACCUUUACCAACGAGCUUUCGCAGCGGCUUGCUUCUCGGGAGCAGUAUACACGAGAUGUUACCGACUUCAGCAUGACAACAGCUCCCGAUCCCAAUGAUCUGAUAUAUGCCAAUCUUGCAGAAGAAGAGAUGAAUUCUGCUGGGUGGAAUUGGGCCGGCUUGGCCGCUAUAUGGGGAGUCUUUACGCUUUGGGUGCCCUUCGUGGUUCUUAUAUCGAGUUGGACCACCUUCGGUGCCGUGCAAGAGAUGCUUCCGAGUUUGAAGGAGGUUGUGAAGCGGCACAUGUGGCUGGACAAGCUGCUGACAGGAGUCUUUGCGACUAUUGCACUGAAGGUGUUUCUUGCUUUUUUGCCAUCUGCAAUGUACGUCAUCAUCCGAACCGUGAUGAGCGUGAAGUCGGGCACGGAGGUGCAGAUCAAGAUGCAGAAAUGGUACGGUCUCUUCCUCGUCACGUUUGUGCUGCUGGUCACUUCCCUCAGCCGCGGCGUGACCCUGACUCUGGUUAGCGUUGCGCAGAAGCCGGGACGUAUCUUCCGUAUCCUCGCGGAUUUCCUGCCAUCAGCUUCCCAUUUCUACUUCAACUACAUGGUCCUCGGAUGGAUCGUGCCAUUUAUGGAGCUGGUCAGAAAUGCGAACUUCUGGAAGUUCCAUUUUUGCAAAUUAUUCCUAUCAAUGUCGGAGAAGGAGGCGAAGGAGUACAGCGAACCUGAAGAUCCAGCCAGCUAUGGACUUGGAGCUCGCAUGGCCUCGUCACUUCUCAUCUCUGCAAUCACGUUUGCGUUCUGUUCAUGCUCCCCACUUAUUCUGGUAUUUUCAUUCAUAUCCUUGAGCCUGUCGCACGCCAGCUACACAUAUCUCGUGGUGUAUGCCGAGUCGAAAAAACCAGACACUGGUGGCGUCCUGUGGGUCCAUGGCAUAAGCUACCUGUUCUUGGUGAUCCUGAUGUACAUACUGCUGAUGACAGGAGUUCUGCAAAUGCUCAGUUCGAGUGGCAAAUGGCUGGGGCCACCUCUGGUCGCACUUGCGUCGACUGUUGCUCUUUAUGCAGGUAAACAUCGGGUGGACAGCUUGGCUUUUGAUGUUCUCCCUCUGGAAGAGGUGGUCAGGACAAGCCAGGACUUGAGCAAGAAGGCUGUGCGCGAACAGGGCCAGUACGUGCAACUUGGAGACCAAGUCCUGAGUCAGCAGUCACAGCCGAUUGAGAUGCCCGGACCAUGUCCCUCGUCUUUCCACCUAGAUUUUCUCGUCAUGGUCACGCUUGAUCUGUCCGGGACUGUCAUGGUUUUUGGGCUUGCCACAAAGGUGACAGUGCAACGGCAGCAGCCCGGUGCAGAGAAUCAGAAGCGCCAGGCCAGGCGUGCUCUCUUGCAGUUGACGACUGAGCUGACGCAGAGACUCUUGGGCCUUGGCUGUGGUGAGGCCUGGCAGGCUUCAAACGAUCUUGUGUGGGCCAUUCGCACGGAGUCAGAGGGGCAAGAACAAUGGGACGAAGGAAGAGUGGUGCAGAUGCCAAAAUCGAUGCCUGACUGUCUGAGCUCAAGGCCUCUGCCGCCACCCAGGAAUGCACUUGCAGCGGCUGUCGCUGGCGCCGGUGGAGGUGGCGAAUCGGGUGAGGCUGCACAGAACGAAGCUGGAGGUGAGGGUGGAGAUGCGCUGGCAGCUGCAGAAGGUGCGCCUCCUGAAGCGACAGAACCCGGCGAGGCAGAAGCACAAUCAGACCCGCCGGCCUCGAAGGAUUCCUCGUCGCAAGAGGGCUGCUACCUCAUAUCAUGGAGAGAUGGGCAGGCUCCAAGCUGGGUUCAUGCUCAGCAUGUUUGGCGGAUGGUUGCCGAUGAAGAUGUCAUGAUUGCGACUGCAGGCAUGUUUCUCGAAGUCUCCAAGGGUGCGACCUGUGACACCUCCAGGCUGUCGAAACUGCUGCAGCAAGGCGCUGAUCUCCAGGCGUUGAAUGGUGAAGGGUGCACGGUGCUGCUCCUGGCCGUGCGAGCCGAGGUGCCAGUGCAAGUCUUCAAUGCCCUGAUCUGCAGCAGGAGUUUGGGUGGAGGGCGCAUGUGUGCAAGAUUUUGCACUCCGGCCGUGCUUGCGGGAUGGAGACUGCCUGGACAUGAGGAACAACUUCACUGGCCGCAAGGUGAGCAAUGGGUCAGGGCGUUUCUCUUGGAGAGGCUUCUCAAGAGUUCCUCGGACAUGACUUCGGCUUUUGACUCUGUCGGCUAUCGGCGCUACUUCCUCCAGAAAGUCAAACUCGGAGAGGGGUCCUUCGGGACAGUUUGGCGAGCUGUGGACAGGCAGGAAAACACCAUCGUAGCUGUGAAGCAGCUCGACAAGGCAUUGCUGCCAAAGCGCGGCGUUCGCCGGCAAGAUAUUGAGCGAGAGGUGGCAGUGAUGCGGGCCGUGUCCCAUCCGAAUGUUACAAAGCUGUUCGGCAGUUGGGAGGACUCUGCAAGCAUCUUCUUGGCGCUGGAGUAUUGUAAUGGUGGCGACUUUGGAGACAAGGUGAAAGAGAAGGGAAUGGAACUCGAGGAAAGCACAGCUGCCGAAUGGAUGUUCCAAAUCGUCUCAGCUAUUGGAGUCUUGCAUAGCAAGAGUAUCUGCCAUAGAGAUAUCAAGCCGGACAACUUCAUGGUGCAUGACGAGGUCUUGAAGUUGUCAGAUUUUGGCUUGGCAGUUCACCUUCCUUUUGGCCAGAAGCUGGUCGAGAAAUGCGGCACUCCUGCGUUCAUGUCACCGGAGCAACACCAGCUGCCGAGAGGAAGCAGGGGUUACAGUCAUUCUUGCGACGUUUGGGCCGCCGGCAUCACCAUGUACAUGGUCAUGUUCGCUGGCAAACAUCCCUUCUUGCUGGCCAGCCAGCAGCUGGAUGAACAGGCCUUGCUUGCGGGCCAGCUGGAUUUCAGCGUUGGCAGCAGCUUCUUUGGCUUUGCCAUGACUGAUCGCUUCUCGGAAUCCGCACGGUUCUUUUGCAGACAGAUGGUUACUCCUGACAUGGGCAAACGGAUUUCAGCUGCUGCCGCGUGCCACAGCGAGUGGUUCCGGGAGCAAGCUGUCGGAAAGUUUCGACAUCCCCAGGAAGCUGAUCCAGUACCAAAGGAAGGAAGCCCUGUCAUUUGUAAGCCGCCUGCAAGCCCAGGAAUUGCCAGGGUGCAAUCGAAUGUGACCGUCGAUGGGGGAAAGGACAAGGAGGAGUCCACCCAGCGCUGGUGGCCAUUCAGUGCAGAAACACCUUCGCAACCGUCGAAGCCGAAGGAACCGCUGGAGGAAGAGCAUUUGGAGAAGCAAGAACUGCAGCAGGAAUUGCUGCAGCACCGGCGAGCGCUUCAGGGACGGAUGGGCUCUCCUCGAACUUCACAGUCCGACGACGAGCUUCGGAAGCGGAUUGAAGGGUUGGAGGAGCAGUUGAGGCAACACGAGGAGCAGAGCCGCCUGCGGGAGGAGCAGAAUCGCUUGCAGAAGGAGCAGAACGAGUCCCAGUGGGAGAUGCUGGUGCAGAUGCAGCAGUUUAUCAAGGACAAGAAGAUGACGCAGGACUUGGAGGCAACUAUGGCCGGCAAGACGACGCCACCUGAGCCAGUGCAACCUGCUUCGCAGGUGACUGGGGAGACAAGUCCCACUGGGCAGCCAACUUCCAGUCGGAGCUACUCCCGCAGGACGGUGAGCGCUACGGCAGCUCCACCUGAGAUGCAGCAGAUCCCGGCUGUGCAAACUUUGAGGGCAGGCAUGCGAUGCCGGUAUUACUCAUCCACGUACGGCAGAUGGAUCAGCGCUAAAGUCGAGAAGUACCAUCCCAAUGGGACGUUUGACCUGGAUGUGAAGCAACAUGCUUCCAUCGAUUACAUCUCGCCGCUCCCAGAUGUCGCAGAAGCAGAGGCCUGGCCACCUGGUACGAGCGUGAGCUACAACAGUACCUCUGCCAAGCGGUGGAUUCCCGCUGUUGUCCAGUCGUUCAAUGCCAGCGGUGCGAAUGCUGGCACAUACAAUUUAGAUGUGAGGCCUCCGGUACAUCGCCUGGAGCCUUUGAAAAAGGUGCUGCUGGAGCACGGGGCCUGUCCUGAUGCUGCUGGCCGUGAGGGUGUCACCCCCUUGGAGCUCAUCCUGCGCAAGCAGCGCGAAGACAGCGCAGACGGCGAGUGGCUGAGGCAGUCCGCCGAGGCCUUGCGACAACACAGGGCGAAGCUGGAAGCAUCGCAGGAGGAGCACGCAGCUCGUGUCAUUGAUUUGCAGAAAACAUAUGGAGUGAAGAUGGUCAGUGCCUUACUUACUCUUGCUUCGCCGCUGUCGCUGCCUGCGGAGAUUUUGGAGGUGCUUCACCUCCUCUUCCGGGAACUCCCCCUGGAGGUGGUGAGGGAAGCACUGGAGCCACAGGCAUUCUGCGCCUUGACAACGCUGCUGCAGCAUGUGGCCGGACACUUUGGACCGAGGCAUGAGAGAGAUGUCUUCGUGUUUGAAAGGGCCCGUGUAGCCAUGGUCGGAAGGAUACGCGACCAAGUCACUGGAGCCGUUCUGAGAGCAUCUGGCAAGAAAGACAGCCGAAACGAAGACCGAGAUGCGAAUCCGCUGAAUGAUUCCAUUCCCGGUGAAAUUGUCCGACGCAACGAAAAAGCUCAUAAAUCAGGACCCAGUGCGAAAGCUCUGGCAGAAACAGACUUGCAAGCUGUUCUGGCAAAAGGCUCCGGCACUCGAGAAAAGUGGCUGAAGAAGGCCUUGCAGCAGGUGCAGGAGGGGGACCUGUCGGCUGCAGAUGUCUACAACAUCCUCAAGGUGCCGGACUUCGCCUCGGACCUGAAAGAUAAGACAGGAAAGAGCAUGUACAAGUUUCUCAUGUCUCGGAUAUCCGUGUUCUCAAAGGGGCAACAGCGAUUCCUGCAAAAGGAAUGCUCUUUGGCUCAGCAAUUCGGUGGAGAAGGAGGUCAGGCCAUGGGCAGUGACGAAGUCAAAAUGUCCAAUUCGGGCGAGCCAAACCCAGAGGCUGCGGAGCAGAUGAUGGCACGGGUGCGAGAAUUCGUGCGGCAACAGCAGGGAGUGGAACUUGACCAGGCAGUAUCUGCCGUUCCGGAGCCUGUCGCGCCGCCAGCCCUUCCCAGGCAGGAUACAUCUGCAGUGGCGAGCAUGAUCGCCAGGGCGGCUUCGACAGCGGUGAGCUACCAGGCGGCCAGGGCGGCCUGGCCGAACGAAGUGAGCGAGAUGGCCCCGGACGCGCUGACGCAGGAAAAGGCACGGAACGAAAGCGAAGCUUCAAGUCCAUCUCGAAAAGCCAAGAAGAGUAAACGUCCUUCCUCCAGCUCUCAAAGCUCGAGGCGUCGCCGAAAGGAAUCGCGCUCGCGCUCCAGGCGAGUAUGA